CAGAACACAAGGCAAACAAUCUUUCUCUCCUUACCUGUAAUUGUAAAUAUUGACAUUUUCACAUUUAAAACUGAACUAAUUGCAUGAAAAUGUAGUGCAAUAGCAUGAAACUGACUGAAUAAACCCCAACAAGGCACUCCUCUGGGUCUGUUUCACAAUCCCCCGUCUGUGAACAUAGAAGGACAAUAGCAAUGUCAGCCACAGUCCCAGAGGUUAAGUAAGUUUGUUAGUGAAGUGUGCUGGCUUGCCACCUCAUCGCCAUGGAGACCAUGAAUGAUGUGGACCCUGUCAACCAACAGAAACCUAACUUCAUUUUCAACUGAUACAUUUUGUAAACACAUAUUAUAUUAUAAUAUUACAUGAUAGGAGGCUUUAUACUAUGGAGAUGCUGCACCCUUGUGGCAGCUCCUGGAGGUGCCGGGUGACAGACAGGUGUCGCUGACAGACUGUGGCAAGACAGUUUAGUUAAGUUUGAGUGCUGCGCUGUGGUUAUUUAAAGUAGAGAAUUGGACAAGGAUUCCGACAUUGAACAGUGAGGCUACCCAUAUACACACCAGCCACAAAAAUGUGUUUACUGCAAGACUAAUGCCUAUUUCAAUAGAUAGAGGAAUGUCCCUCUGUCAGUCUCACCAGGUCAGAGACAGGAAGUCAAUCAGUCUAGAACCAGAAUUCAGCAGACUGAUAGAGAGGUGUCCAUGUAGUAGAUACAGUAUCAACUCUCUGGUGAUUCUCAACUCUCUGCCCAAUAUAAAUAAUUAUACCAUGGCAUUGUUGAAUACUUGUUUCUGAUUGGCUUGAAGGGCAUUCCUUCCCUCAUUGGGCGGGUGCCACGGCUCUGUCACAACCCAGCAGUAGCCUAAUGCUGUAAUGAUUGGUCGUUGACUUGAAUGACAGAUCCAACUAAUCUGGGAUCUCACAUUUUGGCAGAGGUCUUGGCUGUGGCACUGAUAUUGUUAUUAAUGUGUGUGUCGGUAUGUGUGUGGCACAGGAGGUUGCCGAGGGGAGGACGGCUCAUAAUAAUGGCCGGAAUGCAGUCAAUGGAAAGGCAUCAAACACCUGGAAACCAUGGAAACCAUGUGUUUGAUGUAUUUGAUACCAUUCCACUGAUUCAGCUCCAGUCAUUACCACGAGCCCAUCCUCCCCAAUUAUGGUGCUACCAACCUCCUGUGGUGAAUGUUUAUUAAAAACCAGCUGUGUGAAUAGUGAUUUGGUGUGUGUGUGUGUCUGUCGGUUGUAUCACUGCCCGGUACGGCAACUGCACUGUCCACAACCGAAAGGCUCUUCAGAGAGUGGUGCAGUCAGCCCAACGCAUCACCGGGGCCACACUGCCUGCCCUUCAGGACAUCUACAGCACCCGGUGUUACAGGAAGGCCAAGAAGAUCAUCAAGGACCUCAGCCACCCGAGCCACAUCCUGUUCACCCAGCUACCAUCCAGAAAGAGGAGACGGCACAGAUUGUGUUCUAUGAGGACAGGAACUACAAGGGCCGACGUUAUGAGUGUGACAGCGACUGCACAGACAUCCAUUCCUACCUGAUCCGCUGCAACUCCCGCUAUGAGAGGCCCAACUACACCGGCUACCAGUAUGUACUGACCAGGGGAGAGUACCCCGACUACCAGUAUGUACUGACCAGGGGAGAGUACCAAGACUACCAGUAUGUACUGACCAGGGGAGAGUACCAAGACUACCAGUAUGUACUGACCAGGGGAGAGUACCCCGACUACCAGUAUGUACUGACCAGGGGAGAGUACCAAGACUACCAGUAUGUACUGACCAGGGGAGAGUACCCCGACUACCAGUAUGUACUGACCACGGGAGAGUACCCCGACUACCAGUAUGUACUGACCAGGGGAGAGUACCCCGACUACCAGUAUGUACUGACCAGGGGAGAGUACCCCGACUACCAGUAUGUACUGACCAGGGGAGAGUACCCCGACUACCAGUACGUACUGACCAGGGGAGAGUACCAAGACUACCAGUACGUACUGACCAGGGGAGAGUACCCCGACUACCAGUACGUACUGACCAGGGGAGAGUACCAAGACUACCAGUACGUACUGACCAGGGGAGAGUACCCCGACUACCAGUACGUACUGACCAGGGGAGAGUACCAAGACUACCAGUACGUACUGACCAGGGGAGAGUACCAAGACUACCAGUACGUACUGACCAGGGGAGAGUACCCCGACUACCAGUACGUACUGACCAGGGGAGAGUACCCCGACUACCAGUACGUACUGACCAGGGGAGAGUACCCCGACUACCAGUACGUACUGACCAGGGGAGAGUACCCCGACUACCAGUACGUACUGACCACGGGAGAGUACCCCGACUACCAGUAUGUACUGACCAGGGGAGAGUACCCCGACUACCAGUAUGUACUGACCAGGGGAGAGUACCCCGACUACCAGUACUUACUGACCAGGGGAGAGUACCCCGACUACCAGUACGUACUGACCAGGGGAGAGUACCCCGACUACCAGUACUUACUGACCAGGGGAGAGUACCCCGACUACCAGUACGUACUGACCAGGGGAGAGUACCCCGACUACCAGUACGUACUGACCAGGGGAGAGUACCCCGACUACCAGUACGUACUGACCAGGGGAGAGUACCCCGACUACCAGUACGUACUGACCAGGGGAGAGUACCCCGACUACCAGUACGUACUGACCAGGGGAGAGUACCCCGACUACCAGUAUGUACUAACCAGGGGAGAGUACCCCGACUACCAGUAUGUACUGACCAGGGGAGAGUACCCCGACUACCAGUAUGUACUGACCAGGGGAGAGUACCCCGACUACCAGUAUGUACUGACCAGGGGAGAAUACCCCGACUACCAGUACGUACUGACCAGGGGAGAGUACCCCGACUACCAGUACGUACUGACCAGGGGAGAGUAUCCCGACUACCAGUAUGUACUGACCAGGGGAGAGUACCCCGACUACCAGUACAUCCUGACCAGGGGAGAGUACCCCGACUACCAGUACGUACUGACCAGGGGAGAAUACCCCGACUACCAGUACGUACGGACCAGGGGAGAGUACCCCGAAUACCAGUACGUACUGACCAGGGGAGAGUACCCCGACUACCAGUAUGUACUGACCAGGGGAGAGUACCCCGACUACCAGUAUGUACUGACCAGGGGAGAGUACCCCGACUACCAGUAUGUACUGACCAGGUGAGAAUACCCCGACUACCAGUAUGUACUGACCAGGGGAGAAUACCCCGACUACCAGUAUGUACUGACCAGGGGAGAGUACCCCGACUACCAGUAUGUACUGACCAGGGGAGAGUACCUCGACUACCAGUAUGUACU